AUGGAAGGGUGGUUGUAUAUCAUCAGGUCCCAUAGGUUUGGUUUACAGUUUUCACGCAAAAGGUAUUUCGUUCUUCAAGAAAACUACCUCAAAUGCUACAAGACAAUACCCAUUUCACAGGAAGAGGAGCCACUUAGAAGUGCAAAAAUAGACUCCUAUAUUCGCAUUACAGAUAAUGGAAGAGAGAGCAUCAAUCGGAAAGUCUUCUUCAUUUUCACACUUAACAAUUCUUUAAACGACAAUGAUCAUCUUAAGGCGGGAGCAAGUAGUUCAGAAGAUGCAGGAAGAUGGAUUCGUUCCUUGCAGAAUGCUGUGUUGAAGGAGUGCCCAAAUCCAGAAAAGGAAUUUAUGUCUUUUUCUAAGACGAAGUGGCCUCCUUCAAGAUUUGGCAAUUCAAAGAGGGCUGGCUGUAAAAGAGCUAUAGAUUAUUACUCCUUCUUGCACAAUGAAGCAGUGACAUCUGACGUAAUUGCACCAUCACCAUGGAAAAUUUUUGGUUGUCAGAAUGGAUUGCGUCUCUUCAAAGAAGCAAAAGAUUGGGAUUCUCGUGGGAGGCAUUGGGAUAAUGAUCCAGCUAUAAUGGCAGUUGGUGUGGUUGAUGGGACUCCAGAAGCUAUUUUCCGUAUUCUUAUGUCUCUUGGUGCCUCUCGAUCAGAAUGGGACUUCUGUUUUUACCGAGGCAGUGUGAUUGAGCACCUUGAUGGUCACACAGAUAUUAUUCACACUAAGUUAUACAGCAAUUGGCUACCCUGGGGGAUGAGGCGGAGAGAUUUGUUAUUGCGACGAUUUUGGAGAAGAGAGGAAGAUGGAACAUAUGUAAUUCUAUACCAUUCUGUGAUUCACAAGAAGUGUCCUCCACAAAAAGGAUAUGCUCGAGCUUGUCUUAAAAGUGGAGGAUAUGUAAUAACCCCAGUAAAUCAAGGAAGGGAAUCACUUGUAAAGCACAUGCUUGCAAUUGAUUGGAAGUUUUGGAAAGUAUCUUUGCGUCCGCCAUCUGCAAGAUCUAUAACCAUCCGUAUGCUUGAAAGACUUGCAGCAUUGAGGGAGCUGUUCCGAGCUAAAGCCGGCAACUAUCCAUCUGACUUCUCUUCUGCAGUCUCGUCAGUAAAAACAAUAUUGCCCCAGGAUGAAAAGGAGGAUAUUAAAUCAGAAGAUAAAGGCCAGCAGAAGUUCCAGCAGAAUACUGAUUUUAAGGAAGAUGAGGCAGAAAAACCAAAUUCAGGACGCCGAAGUUUAAUGAGCCUGAAUGAUGCCUCUGAUGAAUUCUUUGAUGUUCCUGAUUCCAGUGAAGGGGUAGAUUUUGACAUUUUGGAGAAUGGCUGGUUUCCUGAAGAGAGUCAAGAACUGUCUGCGACGAAUAUAUCCCAGCCCAGAUUAUCAUCUGCUGCUGUCUUUGUGAAGAAGUUACAUGACCUUGCAGUUCAGAAGAAGGGUUAUAUGGACUUUCAAGAGUUGGCUAAAGAUGAACACGUAGCAACAUCCUACGGAAAUACUCUUCAAAAGGACUCAGCCUGUUCUUUACCUUGCAGUUGGGCUGCUGCUGAUCCUACAAGCUUUUUGAUUCGUGGAGAAAAUUAUUUAAAAGACAAUCAGAAGAUCAAGGCAAAAAGUACGUUAAUGCAAAUGGUUGGUGCCGAUUGGCUAAGAUCCAACAACCGAGAAGAUGAUCUUGGAAGCCGUCCUGAGAGUAUUGUUCAGGAGUAUGCAGCACAAGGUCGACCAGAAUUCUUCUUCAUUGUCAAUAUACAGGUUCCCGGCACAACCCAGUAUACCCUUGCACUAUAUUAUAUGUUAAAAACUCCUUUGGAAGGAACUCCCUUGCUACACAGCUUUGUCAACGGUGAUGACGCCUUUAGGAAUUCGAGAUUUAAGCUCAUACCUUAUAUUUCUAAGGGGUCAUGGAUAGUCAAGCAGAGUGUUGGUAAGAAAGCUUGCUUAGUUGGUCAAGCACUUGAAAUACAUUAUUCUCACGGAAAGAACUACUUGGAGGUAGAUUACAAAUAA